UAAACUUAUUAAAUAGGUAUUCAUGAACAUCUGCUUAUUUGAGUGAUUCACAACAUGUAAUGGACGUCGACAAAAUAAGGAUAUUUGAUCAGAACAUGGACCUCAUCAGCGUGUUUGGACUGUUGUCCACCAUAUGCACCAUAGCAAUGAUGCUCGCCGGCCUACCUCUCUGCACCCAAAUGAUGAGAGAAGGAACCCAAAACGUGCAAUUGUUCCCAUUUGUCGCUUUCUUCACAAAUUGCAUGCUGUGGAGCGAGUAUGGUCUGCUGAAGCUGGACAAGGCAGUCAUCAUUGUGAACAUGACUGGCUGUGUGCUGGAGGGUCUCUACAUCCUCAUCUACUUCAGAUGCACCAAAAACCAGGCGAUGGUGCUGCAGCAGUUGUUCGGAUCUUUCUGUGUCAUUUUCCCCUCCCUUGUCUACGCCAAGUUUGUUGCCGCCAGUCUACGCAGCGCACUGUCUGUGCUCGGAGCCAUCUGUGUCAUCGCAAGUGUGGUCAACUUCGGAUCGCCUCUGGCAGACAUCAAACGGGUGCUGCAAACCAAGAGUUCCGAGUCCAUGUCUCUACUGUGGUGUCUCAUUGCGGCCAUAACUGCUUUUCAGUGGACCAUGUAUGGCUAUCUGAAAGAUGACAUCAACCUCAUUAUACCCAAUGCAAUUGGAGUUGGUCUGGGUGCUAUCCAACUGAGCUUGAUCUACAAGUACAAGCCGAAGUUGCUCACGAGCAAGAUAUCCGACAUCACUUUUUGAAGGGAAAGAAGCAAACUAGCCACUUCAUUUGAUGGGUCGUCUGUAUCUCACGCUACUCAUAGUCUUUGAAUACAUUCACAUCUUCAUGGUUACAGUUUGCAAGAUAUACCAACAAACUAAUCAAAUCUAAGGUCGAUGGCUUAAAAACAUAUUAAUCCUAAACUUUAAGUUGCAAUAGUGAGUAAUGAUGACUCUAUAUCACGGUGAUGGCUAGCAUCCCCAAAUAGUAGAUUUUCAUUGGUCCCCUGCUAACUAAUCAUUAGUUCUGUCUAUGGAAAUGAAAGCUUUGUUAUCUUCCUUCUCAGUUUUCUUCGACUCUUUUGAUAUUAAAAAUUUAAAUAUUAUUUCCCGUUUUAUUGUUCUCAAUUUGUAAUCUUAAAAAAAAAUUCCAGUUUUUCUCACUUAGUCUUAGUAAAGGUCUUUCAAUUCUCGUCCAGAAGAUUAGAUGAAGUUCGCUGGAUGCCGAAAGGUUUUGCUGCUUAUUUUUCACUAGAUCGAAAUCACUGGGGAAUCCCAAAUGCCAGAAG